UGCAACAUUCGGCGCUUUAAGUGUCAAAAUUAUAGUAGGGGUCCGCCAGGGCGCCAAACACCAGAGGAAAAAGUUGUGGACGCUUAAACAUACCAUUUGAAUGAAAUAAUCAACUUUUCCGAAAGCAGCUAAUCUUCGGGACUGCGAUGACCUCCAGUAAAGACAUGAAGGCAGGGUCUGUGUUGCAGUCCAGCGGCGAGGAGAGGAGACGGGCUCCGUUGGACCAGCUGCCCCCGCCGGCUAACUCCAACAAGCCGUUAACGCCGUUCAGCAUUGAGGAUAUCUUGAACAAACCCUCCGUGAAGAAGUCGGUCGCCAGUAUCUGUCCGCCGAGAGUGCUAGAGAAAGUGACGGGCUCGAACUCAGCGAGAAACGGGAUCACGACUCCGUCCUCGCCGCUGUGCGCGCUGGAGGAGCUGGCCAGCAAAACAUUCAAGGGUCUGGAAGUCAGCGUUAUCCAAGCAGCAGAAGGUCGAGAGCAUCUAAACGCCUUUGGACAGAGGCAGACGUCGAAAAAGAGGAGAAAGUCGCGGACGGCCUUCACGAACCACCAGAUUUAUGAGUUGGAGAAGAGGUUUUUGUACCAGAAGUACCUUUCUCCGGCCGACCGUGACCAAAUCGCGCAACAGCUGGGACUUUCCAACGCGCAGGUCAUCACCUGGUUUCAGAACCGCAGGGCCAAACUCAAGCGGGACCUGGAGGAGAUGAAAGCGGAUGUUGAAUCGCUAAAGAAAAUCACCCCACAGACCCUACAGAAGCUGGUCACCAUGGACAACAUUGACGACCCGCAGGGUGGGGGCCCCGGGGCCAGAUCGCCCAGUAUCUCCCCGACCUCUCAAGGACACCAAGCCUUCCCACAGUCCCCCUCCUCGUCAAGAGACCAAACCACGGAUGAAUUCUCGGAGGAUGAUGAGGAAAUUGAGGUGGACGAUUAACGGCAAGGGGGGCGGUCUGUGAUUUUUCAUAAGCAACAACAAAAGAAUAUUAAAGAGGGACAUUUUUUUCUUCCCAAACUUUUGCACGGAUAUUGAUGAAAAAGGAGAAUAUUCACACAUAUGAACAUUUGGCAAAGUUUUCCUCCUCUUUUUUUUUCAAACUCCGUUUUUUAUUUAUUAUUCUGACUGGUAAAACUGUUCAAGUCUGUGUUAAGUUUUCAACAAAGUUUUUUUUUUUCUUUUUUUCCAGGAUCAUUUGGUUUUCUUACAGGCAGGCAUUACUCACUGUUAUGGUACAGGAAGACUGAAAGAUUAUGUAAACAUUUCAGUAUAGAUUAUAAACUUUCACCUCGUGAUCAAGGCUAGGGGGAGAGUAGCUGCAAUUUUAAGUGUUCUUUUCGACAUUUAUUCAGAUUAUCCUGCUAAAGGUCUCAGAUUAGACAAAUAUUUAAAUUACACCUCCACUUCCUUUUGCAUUUUCCCUACACUUUUUUUUCUUUUUACACGAGGUCGAUGUGUGGGGUCAUCCCACCUCAAGAGUAGCCUUUUUUUUUUUUUUUGGUCCUAAGAGGAAGAUGUCUCUGCAAGCAUGCAGGCCUAUUCCCAGCGCAAAUGAGGCAUCACUGUUACAGCAUCAACUGCAACCUUUUCCAGGCUCUGAGUUCUGUAUAUAGAUCAAACAUCCUAUGCGAUAAUUUUAUUGUAACAUUCUAUUUAAUCAGCAUCUA